GAACAGCGGGAUGCAAAAUGCGAAGAAGCAGAAGAGAACCUUCGAUUGGCCCAAAUCGCUAGGGAGUUGAAGGAGGCCAAGAAGUUGGAAGACGAUGCUUUAAAGGCAAAGCAUAUCGACACAGUGACAAACUCCGACUGGAUCGGGGAGACGUACGAUGCAAAGAUUGGCUUGACCGGCAAGCCCAUGAAGGCUGAGUACAAGCGACUGACGCUGGAGCAGGAGCAGGAGAUCUACAACUCCAAUGCCCGACAACUCAUGGACAAGAGAGCAAAGAAAAAGCAGGAAAUCCUCGAAAAGGCAGAAGAUGCCCAGAAGAUUCACUGCAAUGUUGCAGUCCUGGGAGCACUCGAGGAAGAGCGGUUCCGACAGCAGCAGGAACGGAGGAUGCGUCUAGUUGAAGAGAACAAGAAGAUGGCCGUGGCCAAGAAGGAGGCUGACCGAGGAGAGCGGAUCGAGUACUUCAAGUACGACCCGUGA